AGCUUCGCGCCGGCUGGGACACGGCGCUGCCCGGUGCCGCUGCCGCCUGCCCGCCGCCAUGGCUCCCGGCUCCGAGCGCCUCUUCGACACCCUGGGGCACUUCGGCAGAUUCCAAGCAUGUAUCUAUUUUGCAUCUGUCUUUCAAGCUAUGUCAUGUGGCAUCCAUUACUUGGCUUCCGUAUUCAUGGCUGUUACUCCCAAAUUUGUAUGCAGUAUCCCUGGAAAUGUGAGUAGUGUUCUGUACUACAACUCCUCUGCUUCAAGUAUAGAGGAUGUCUGGACACUGUGGACAUCAACUGAUAAUUAUAUUGUGGCCCAGAUGGAAAAUGGAGAAAUCUGGGAACUGAAUCAGUGCAGCAGGUCCAGACGAGAGGGCAGUUUGGAUCUAGCAUAUGAAUAUAAUGGCAACAAGUCUGUGUUUUCCUGUUCUCAUGGAUAUAUAUAUGAUCACACUAAAUGGACGAGCACCAUUGUUACAGAGUGGGAUUUGGUCUGUGAACGAGAAUGGCUUGCAAAAUUAACUCAGCCCACCUUCAUGCUUGGAGUCCUAAUUGGAGCAGUGAUUUUUGGUGAUAUUGCUGACAGAAUGGGAAGACGGCAUAUAAUGUGGUUCACAAGCAUCGGCCAGUUUUUAUUUGGCAUUGUGGUGGCAUUCACGUUUGACUACUACAGUUUUGUGGUUGCACGUUUUCUCCUUGCAAUGGUUUCAAGCGGCUAUCUGGUCGUGGUUUUUGUUUAUGUGACAGAAUAUGUUGGCAUUAAAGUUCGAACAUGGGCAUCUAUGCAUGUCCAUGCUUUUUUUGCUUUGGGCGUUAUGGUAGUGGCACUGGUGGGAUUUUUGGUGCGGACAUGGUGGGUCUAUCAGAUAUUUCUUUCCAUAACAACUCUUCCCUUUGUCUUGUGCUGCUGGAUGCUUCCAGAGACGCCCUUCUGGCUACUAUCAGUGGGGAGAUAUGAAGAAGCACAAAAAGUAAUUAAUAUAAUGGCGAGAUGGAAUAAAGUAAGCACUCCUUGUAAAAUUUCUGAACUGUGUUCAAUCCAACAAGAUGCUCUAGUCAGUAGCAGGACGGGUGAUAAUGACGUUUCUACAACGAAGAAGCACAACAUCUUAGAUCUGUUUUGUAAUAGGUACAUUGCAAGAAGGACCAUUACAGUCUGGCUGAUUUGGUUCACUGGGAGUUUAGGAUACUAUGUAUUCUCCCUGAGUUCCGUCAAUCUGGGAGGCAAUGAAUAUUUAAAUCUAUUUCUCAUAGGUGUUGUGGAACUUCCUUCAUAUGUCAUUGCCUGUAUUGGGAUGGACAAAUUAGGAAGAAGAAACACCUUGAUUCCAUCGCUUAUAUCCAGUGCAUUGAUCUGUGUUUUGAUUAUGUUGAUUCCUCAGGAUUUUAAUGUAUUAAUUAUCUUAGCAAAUAUGGCUGGAAAGUUCACCAUAGGUGUUGCAUUUGGCCUUAUUUACCUGUACACAGCAGAACUCUAUCCAACUAUUGUACGGUCACUUGCAGUUGGAAGUGGGAGCAUGAUGUGCCGUGUUGGGAGUGUGGUUGCUCCUUUUUGCGUUUACCUGACAAGUAUCUGGAUCUUCAUGCCACUGUUGCUUGUUGGUAUCAUGGCAUUUCUGAGCGGAUUGUUAACAUUAAUGCUUCCAGAAACUCUUGGAAGACCAUUGACUAGUACUUUGAUGGAAGCUGCAGAAAUGGGAAGAAAGCAGGACAUCAGUUCAGAAAAGUCCCCUCCAGCAGAGAGUGGUGUGAUGUUACAAAAGAUAGAGAUUCUUAGCCAAGAGACACGAGGCAUCGAGAAAUAAAGCAACAUCAGAAUUGUUAUCAUUGGUUUAAAUUACCAUGAAUUUUUAAGGCCAUUUUAUUAGAGUCUCUGACCGUGUUACUAAUACAUGUGCCUUUUCAUGUGUAUGGAAACUUGCCUAUUCAACAGAAGAAUAAAAAUGACAGGAGACUUUAAGGAACUAGGAAAUUUUUGAAGGCACUUUCAGAGCUACUAUGAAACUUAAACCAAUUUUUAAAAAUUUGAUUAUUUUAUCUUAACUGCUUGCAGUGACUAGCAUUGAUUGUGGAAGCUUUUUUAUGGAUUCCCAAAACAUUUUCAUUCUGUGCUUUAGAUUUUCCUUAGCCAUGUUUUUAAUCUCAUGAUAGAAUUCCCUUUCAGUUCCUGUCAUAUUACAACUGAGGGGAAAAAAAGUUUUGUGACUCCAAGCACAGUGUCAUAAUUCAGUUUACGGUUGCAUCAAAGCAUGGCAAUAAUGUGUAAGGUUAAACAUACCUAUACAAUUAUGUUUUUCACAUUUGCUUUGAGAAAAAUGCCAUUGGUAUUAAAGAAAUUACGAUGUUUGCAACUGAAAAAAGUCUACAUUUCCAGAAGUUAGCAAAUAAUAAGUAAACUGUUUGUUCUGUUGAAUUGCAAUGAUAUUUUUAUUAGUACAUUAGGGAAAUGCUGCUUACUGACUCCAUUGUAGUUUUUUUUGUCUAUGUAGUAUAGAUAAAACCUGACAUCUUUAACAAUUUUAUUCAUUCCAGACUAUUUUAUUAUAUGAUACCUCCACAUUUAUUUCAGUUCACAUUUAUUGUAAGUUUUUUAAAAGCCUGUAGGAUAGUACCAACACCUUUGCAAAAUGCCUGCACAGGGACUAUUCAUUCCUUAAGUUUUCAAAACAGUAGAACUUAAGUCACACACAGGCCCUUUUACACACAGAUGUAUCUAGCCCUUAGGGUUUAUUUAAUGUGUACCUGUUAGACUUGAUAGCAAAGUAUUAUCUUUCUUAUAAGCCAUCUAUCUGUAAUCUCCUUUUUUUGUUAUGCUGAACAGAGUAGCAAAGCAUUUAAUCAUAGUUUGGGAAAAAAAUGAUUAGUCAUUAGAAAUGAAUGGAAAUGUCACAGAGUCCUGCAGAUGCCCGUAAACAUCCCUCGGUCACUGUACCAUUUGCAUAUCAGCUCUCAAUGUUGGACCGGUACAAGUGAGUGGUUCUUAGGGAGAGGGACCAUAGAACAUGUCAGUUCAUUCUAGCUGCUGUUUUCAUGGCUUUCUGUUGUAGUCCCCUCUUUUUAGUUUAUCUUUAGAGCUGACUGUUUCUCCCUUCUGUGCAUUUGAAGUUAUUGGGGAGAAAUAUUCUACAUAGGCAACGGCUGAUAGUUUGCCCUCAGUUAUGCCUGAACAAUCUCAUUGGCUUGAUAACAUCUGAAAACAUAAAACAUCUCAAUAUCUCCAUGCCCUGCUAGUAGAAAACAAAGCAUCUCAUUUCAAUUGAAGUUCUGUCCUGGACUUCUGAGUAAUGUUCUGGGUCCAGGCUAAGGACUAACUCAAGUCCUAGGUGGGGAAAACACACGUUUAAUAGCCAAGACAAUCAACAAAUCAAAGUAUAAGCAGUAUCUAUGGAAUAAUCUUGCAUAAAGCAGAAAGUGGGGUUUUGCUUCCCUUGCUACACCCAGGAAAAAACACAGUAUUCAGGGCAUGCAUGAAGAACUGUGCUUCUAUCUGCAGCCAAAGUCUGAUAUUAAUUUGCAAAACACUUGAGCACAUGCUUAACAAUAAAACCUUGAGCAAUCUCACCUCUAUGCAGAUAAAGAUAUGUUUUGCUAGGUGGGGAUACUUGCCUGCUUGGGGUAACACAUUUUGCUGAAUUGGGAGCCAAAUGCUCUGGCAUUGAUCCUUGGUCCCCUUCCAUUUUCCAUGGCAGAAUAGCUGCUUCUAAUCCCCUUCUCCCCCAUGCAAAGGUGUUUUACAGUGCAGGAAGGGGGACAGCAGUAAGAGGAAAUAAAUUGAUUUUUUCUGAUUUUUCUGAGAAACCAGUACCAUGACUGGGUCCUUUUACAGGGCCAGUGCCCUUUCUUUGGAGUCCGCGGGCCACUGUAAAAUAAUAACUUGAAGAUUAAAAGUACAGAAACUAACCCAAAAACACUGAGUAUUUGUGGGACAUUGCAGUGUAUUUGUAACAAAGAAAUCUGAAUUUCAGUUCUGCCAUAUACAGGAAAAAAACACUUAGGGGUAUUCCUGCUCUUACUGAAGUCACAACAAGGCAUAAAUUCCCAUGACUUCAGGACCAAGCCCUUAAUCAAAUUAUGUAAAAUAAGGAAGGAGACAAAAGCCAUAACUUGGAAACGCUUGAGUAAUCCUUAGGGACUUGAAUGCUAACUCUAACAGAACAUGCAGCGUGGUGGCAGGUGCAAGUGUCCAGGCAGGAAGGAGCACAAGCAACAGAAAGUUAUAUCUCCAAGUCUUUUGAAGUAAGAAAGGUAAGUAUGUUAUGGAUAUAAAUAGGAAGAUCCCCCAGAAACUGAGCAUGCAUAACUUUUACUGAAGUGAUGCUUGGAUGCUAAAUUUUGUCUUAAAAAUGCUUCAAAAGUCUGGUGCUGAAUAUGGAUCUACAUAUUUGCAUUUUACAUAAGGAGGCUAGAGAAUUUUAACAAAGUAAUUACUGUAUUGAUGAAAAGUUGUUAAAUUUUCAUGGGGACUUAUGUAACUAAGUCCCACAAUGGAGGUACCACUGGGAUUCUCUAAACCCUCAUGUAGCUGCUCCUUAACCCUCAAAGUGCUCUAAGUCCCAGGGCACCCAAGUCACCACUGAUAGAAAUCCUUAAGCGCCAAUAUUUCUGCCUGUGGGCAUGCACGCCAACCUGAGGGCCUAAGCAGCUCAGCACCUAAGCCUAAGGCAUGUCCCCAUUUAUCUUACCUUUGGGAUCCAAUCCAACUGGAUCAGACAGUGCACAAAAAACAAAGAGGAGGAGGAUUUAGACCCAAGAGUUGUGGAAAGUGGGAUACCCGGUUUCUUCCCAAUUUGGAUCACAGAUUUGAGCCCAAAUUUCCACCUGCCAGGUGGGGGUUUUAAAAACUGAGCUAUUGGGUGUUGGGUACAGGUAGGUGGGUGUCUCUACCUCUCAAUUUCUGUGAGCAGAUUUAGUUAAGGUACCUAAUUUCCUGAGAGAGGAGGGGCUUAGUCUUUGUUCCUUUCCUCAGCACUUCAUAUUGGUGCUUAAGAAACAUCCCCAUACACAAAGACAAACUGUUUGCUGGCUUCUGUGAAUGAAAUUCUUCAGUGCCUACCUCUCCCAGUGACACUGGGGGAAUCUUGAGAACCACAGCCUAAUGAAAGGUUAUGGAUUUCAGUAGGUAGUACAGUGUCCAAAUGUUAGGCAUUUGAACACUGUAUAUUGUAACACCCCUAUUCCUUUUACAUAUAGCCUUUACAGCCAAUCCUAGUGCCACUGAAGUCAAUGGGAAUUUAAUAUUUGAUUCUAAUGGGACCAGGAUUUGCUCCACAGUGGGCAUGUCUACACGAGACUUUUUACUGCACAUUAGACUAAUGCACAAUGGAGCAUCAGCAUCUUCUUGUGCAUGGAACUCACUGCACAGUAAAUUAGGCUAAUGCGCCAUUUGCUAGUAUCAGGAAAUACAGAUACUACAUUAAGGGCACUUUAGCUACUGCAGAGUAGUGCAUGUGUAGAUACUGACCAAAAGCAAUUUGUUUCCAGGCAGCAGGGAGCUCACUGUUGCCUAGAUAAGCUCUGAUGUGGAGGGGAGCUGUGCCAGCUGUCUUGGACGAUGGGACUGCUGUGUCCCAGUCAUGUGGGGAUCAGGUCAGGACCUGAUCCCCACAUGACCGGGAAAGCGUUACGCUCAUGGAGCAUGGACAGCUCUCCCAGCCAUGGGGGAUCCUGUGCCCUCUGCCAGCCCGAGGGCUGCCACCCAAGGGAGCCUAGAGCUCCCCCUGGUGGCUGCAGAGAGGCAUAGCAGGGCAGGAGCAGCCCUGGACCGGGCUGCUCCUGCCAGACACAAUUUGCUCUUGAUGAGGGCACACAUGUAGACAUGCACCCCAGAGCACUUUAAUGAGCCUUAAUCUUCUGAGAAGAAAAUUCAGGCACAUUAAUUGCAUAUAUAGAUGCACCCAGUAAUCACAUUUUUCACUGGAAAUAAAUGGUUAUCUAGCUCAGGCAGUGUGUUGAGCUGAAAACCAGAGGAUUAGUUGUUUAAUGGCAGAAAAGAGUUCACUUCUUUAGAUAAGUCAUGCCUCUUGUGAAUUCAUAUGUGUAUUGCUUUGGGCACAUCUAAAUUCUGAGCAUUCCAUUCUUUCAAUUGAAGAAGUAAAGAAGAAAUAUUUUACUAAAGUAGGGAAACCACAACUGUUACAUAUCUCUCUACAGCAUUUCAGAAAAGUGUUUGCUUGAAAUGAUUUGCUGACCAAAACUUGUUUAGCACUUAAAGUACAUUAUAAAGAUGACAUAAAAGAAAAGCAGAGCUGCAGAGAAAUGCAGAGAAAGUAUUUUUUAAGGGUUUUUUUCAAGCAAUCUAAGUCUUCUAGUCUUGAGAAUGAUUGUUUCUAUUCCUUUGUGACAUAUUUUCCUCCUAGCAAUCAUGAAAGCUUUCUGUUAAAAACACAACCCUCUUAUUUUUUUCCAUAAACUUACUAGUAUCUGCAUUUGAGUCAAUUAUCUUAUUGCAAAUUUAUAGUUCUAAUUAAUGGUUCUGAAUAUCUCUGAUGUUUCAUAAGAUAAUUCUUUGAUGAUUGGUCAUUGUAGCUGCAAUAUAAAAUAAUUAUAUCUUAAAAUUGAUAUAGUAUUGUAUCAUAAACACUCUGAUUUAUCAGGGUAGUACUUGUAAGGUUCAACAAAUGAAUGGCUGGCAAUAAUUGACAUUUGUUCAAUUCUAACAAGACCUGUUAAUAUAAAUGAACAUAUCUGGUAUUUUAAAUUGAAUAUCUUUUAAACUAAGCUUCAAGAUGUAUUUUCUAAUUGAAGGUUUUUAAUUUAUUUUUAUAUGAUCUUGAAGUUUCAAUUAACACUAUGGGGGAAGAACAGAGCAAACUGUGUGCGCUCAAUGCCAGAUGCCAAUGCGCUGAGAGUCCAACAAGUAAAGGAAUCCUCCCUAAGGCAAGAGAAGUGCUGUGCGGCAACUUCUUAGAAACUGGAGAAGGUCCCAUAUUUGUAGGCUUGCAGUGAGAGGACUGAAAGAUUUUCUGCUCCUUCCCCCCGCCCACCUCAACAGCUCAGGCCGUGCUCUCAUGCCAGGGACCCUUCAUGGAGAUCGGCUUUGCAACAGACCAGGGUUGUACAGCUUCUUUUUUUAUGGCCUUCCAAAUCCAGAGUCACCUUGCACAAGAUCCAGCACUCUGGUUACUGAGAUAGGGGGUCUAGAUUUGGCCUAAAUGAAUAUGCCAAAUGUACCCCUGUGAUAGUUGCCCAAAUCCCCUAACUAGCAGUAAAGACAGAAACUAAACAAAAGCUCAGAAGAAUAAUUAUGAAUUCAAACAUUAGCAAGUUUUUCUCUGCUUUCAAGGUAAAUUCCUGUUGAGUCUGCACAAGCUCUCUAUUGUUGAAUCUCUCACAAGAUGAGGUUACAGUAAAUCCAGGCACUGGUAGAUUUGUUCUAACAAUGUCUACACCAGGAAAUACACAUGCUUUGGUAACAUCUGAGUGGUAUACCAUAUUUUCUUGGAUACAACAUGCCCAGAAUAAAAUUGAUGCUUUGUUUUUGAAAGGCAUAGUGAAGAAAAAAAGAUUUUUCCAAAAGCCAAAACCUUAGAUGUUGCUUGAAGAUUGGUCUCCAUGGGUGGACCUCUGAUUUUGACAAGAGCUCCAGACCUGCAAAAUAGGAGGAGAGAGAUCAGGAGCAGCUAGCCGACAGCAAACAUGGCCUGAGAAAGGUUAUUUUGAUUUGUGGAACAUCAAGACCGUUAAACAGGGAGAAAUGAUCAUUAACACCUGUGAAGAACAAUGAGCCACUGAAGUAAAUUGACCCCCUCAACUGCCUAAAUAGUAAUGGUACUGCUGCUGCACUCUUGAGGAGGAAUCAAAGUGCAGUGCUUCUACUCUGGGCAGAAAAUCAACUUCCAUGUUUAAUGUGCCCCCUAAUUUUGAGGAGCUGAUUUUUGGGGAAAGGUGCAUAUGGUAUGUGAGUAAAUAUGGCAUAUACUAUUCUAACUAGCUUUGCCCACAGAGCGCACACAGAUUUAAUCAGACAUGUAUUAUAAAGGUAAAGGAAUUUUGUUGAUCUCUUAUGUAUUUCUCCUCUCAAAGUAUGUACACCAAUAAAGUGGCAAAUCCAUUAUUUGAUCUUUAAAUAG